UGGAGCUGGAGCAGCGGACAGCAGCUGAUUCAGUUUCACCGCCGCAGACUCGCACAGGAGCCGCCACUGACAGGCACCUCCACAGACAGACAGAAGACAUUGUGGAAGAAGUCGCAGAAACCUUCAUUCUCCGCUGUCUUCUUCUGAACACCUGCCAAAAAGUGCAGCAUCACCACCAACUGCAGCGAGUUUUUGAAGGUUCUGUUUAACAUCAAGGGGUAUUUGAAUCAUGUCGCUGUCCGUUGUAACUGGACCAGGCCUUGUCCUGUGAAUGCCUCUGUCUGUUGUCAUUUAACAUCUUGGUUCUUUCUACCUCGUGGAUUUCUCGGUCACUGCCACCCAUGGAUUCUCAAAUAUUUACCCCUCUGUUGGUUCCAAGUCUUAGACACAAUGACCACAAGUAUGGAUUAGCAGUCAAGAUAGAGAAUCUACCCAGGAGAAUAGUUUGACUGCCUUUCUAGUUCUUCCUUCUUCCUCUCUGUCUAUCUUCCCCCCCAGUGGAUCCCUCAAGUUGCCUACAGGUGAAAUGGAUGGGAGGACUGACAGUUGGUUGAGAUCCACAGCUUGGAUUGUUAUUGGACACCUCUCUGCUGCUAUUUUGCUGUGGCACAACAAGAGCGUUUAUGUGAAAGAUGGGCAAGAGACAUUGCAAUAAUUUUAUGUGUUUGCUUACCUUGGAAAUCAUGGAGAUAUCCGUCACCUGAUUGUACAACACAAGUUGCUUUGUUUCAUCAUACUUUGGACAUUUUUGUAGUUAGAUUUUUUUUUUCCAUGAAAAGAUAUUUUUCAAAUAGACUGCAGUGUCUUUUUUUGUGGCCUCACACAGGACGUAAUGUAGGCCUGUUUGGCCUGUCAGAAGGCUCUCCUAAGGGAGGCAUAUGAGAAAUUUGGUAUCCCGAAACUCUGAAAGGAUUUAAUAUCCUCAAGGACUAAGUGAAACAAACGGGGAAUAUAGUAGCAGGUGGUGGUGUAGUAACAUGGCAGCAGAUCACGGCGAGCUACUGGCGGAGAUGUCCACGAUUGGGCGUCUGAGUGCCACAGAACGCCUAAAGCAUGCCCAGAAGCGACGCGCUCAGCAGCUGAAGGCUUGGGCACAGAUGGAGAAGGACGCAGCACGAGGGUCAAGGGCCAAAGCAGAUAAGAAGAAGCCACGCACCACCAAAGUGAAAUUCCCCAACACAAUCACCCUGCUAGAUGCAACCGCCCGCAACGACUUGAAUGAGGUGAGGGAGCUGCUGAACAGUGGUGUUAGCCCAGAUCUUGUCAACGAGGAUGGACUCACAGCCCUGCAUCAGUGCUGCAUCGAUGAUUUUGUGGAGAUAGUGCAGUGCCUGCUGGAUGCUGGUGCCAGUGUGAAUGCCUGUGACGGUGAGCUGUGGACACCGCUGCAUGCUGCUGCCACCUGUGGACACACUGGACUGGUGCAGCUCCUGAUUCAAGCUGGGGCUGACCUGCUGGCUGUUAAUGCGGAUGGCAACAUGCCCUAUGACCUCUGUGAGGACGAGGCCACCCUUGAGCUGCUGGAGAUGGUUAUGGCUGAACAGGGGAUAACUCAGGACCGUAUCGAUGAAUGCAGAGGGGCUAAAGAGGCAGCCAUGCUGGUGGACAUUCAGGCUCUUUUUCAGAGUGGAGCAGACAUAAACGCACAGGACAAUAAUGGAGCAACUCUGCUCCAUAUCGCAUCUGCCAAUGGCUAUGUAUCUGUAGCAGAGCUGUUACUAGAGAACCGGGCUCAGGUGGAGGUGAAGGAUGCUGAUGGGUGGACGCCGCUUCACGCCGCCUCCUGCUGGGGACAGAUCCAAAUAGUAGAGCUGCUGGUGGCCCAUGGAGCCAGUCUAAAUGCAAAGUCUGUCCUAGACGAGACACCUCUGGAUGUAUGUAUGGACGAGGAGGUCAGAGCCAAACUGAUGGACUUGAAGCACAAACACGAUGCCAUCAUGAAGAGCCAAGACAGGCACAAGGGCACGCUGCAAAGACGAGCAUCGAGCACUGGAAGCAGAGGUAAGGUGGUGCGUCGUGUCAGUGUGAACGAGCGCUCCAGUCUGUACCGGCGGGAGCACCACAAAGAGGCCAUGGUGUGGCAGGAGCGUGGCCGACAGCCCGAGCCACAGGACGACGAUGAGGACAGACAAACCGAUAAUGAGUUGCACCAGCAUGCCACCAUGGCUGCUGGUGGUGCAGCGACUUCACGUUCAGAGGAAGUGGAGUCUGCGGACAGGAAACUUGUCUCCAGCGUAGGGAAUGGAGAGACCUCUGUUUCUCUUGCCUCCUCUGUGCCUGGAGAGCUGUGGAUUGGUGGAGGUCCCAUGGAGCGCAGCGCCUCCUACCAGCUCAACCCUGUAAUAACAGAGGGUGAGGGGGCAGACAGUAUGACUCGGGAGAAAUCACACCACACCCUGGCCGAUCUAAAGCGCCAGCGGGCAGCCGCUAAGCUCAAUAAAUACCCAGCACCUCCGCCACCCCUGCACCCUCCCUUAGAAGAGGAGCCUUCUGUUGCACCAGCAGAGGCGACAACCACUCAGGCUCAGCCAGAGCCCCCAAUGACCCCUGUCGUAGAGCAAGUGGUCUCCCCCAGCCAGGUGUACUUCACCCCAGCCAGCGGGGAUCCUCCACUACUGAAACUUCGAGCCCCCGAGGAGGAGCAGUCCAACAAUAAGGAGCCUUGCUGUGGACUCAUGUAGUUCAAGUCACACACUCAAACACACUGCCUACACAGUACAGAGGCUGGACAUGUUACACCCCAAAGUGGCAAACACCUUUGAAAACACACACACUUUAAAUGAGUCACUGAAAUUAGGGCCACAUGCCAAUCAGGGUUUAAUCUACACUGCAGUCCAAGUGAACUAACGUGAUUCUAUGUCCUUAUUUCUUUUGCACUUAUCUUUUCCUUAAACAAAACUUCAUGCACAUCUCAUACUAAACAUUCACACUAAAGGGCUGCUUAAUCUGAUGCACAUUCUAGUGUUGCAAUGACAAUCGAAGGUCUGCCUCACUCAGUGUUCUUGGUCACUUUUUUACUCACCUCUUACUUAAUUACUCAAAUAGACUCACUGAAAAGUCUUAGAAUCAUGUGAAAGUUUAGAAAUCCUCAAAAAAAAAAACUGAAUGAAAAAGAAUUGCAGGUGAUUUAUCUUAAAUUAAAAACCAGGUUCUGUUUUUUUUUUGUUUUUUUUAACUGAAUGACUGCUAUUAAAGGUACGUGAUCUACAUUUGCAUACAUUUUACAUUAUCAGCAAGUGGUUUUGAUUUUUGGGAGGUUGAUUGGUUGCACUAGUUUCAUUAUAUAAUACAGCUAUUCAUGAAUUUGCAUUUACACAAAUAUGGACUGUUUCUUUGCUUGAUUUUUCUUCUAAGACUGAAAAUAUACUGUAACAGUUUUGUUACUUUCCAGUGCACAAAAAAGGCCUACAUUUCAAGUUUUGUAAUGGUGCAAUUUGUAAAUGAAGCAUUUGUCUAUAAUAAUAUUUAAAUCAAAAGAAAAAAGGACUCCGCUUAUUAUUAUCACAACCAGAUUCCUAUUUUUUCUGUCAGUAUUUCUUUUUUUUUUUUUUUCUACCAUCAGAAUGGAAUCACAUUAUUUAUUCCGUCUGAUGCUGAGAGUACAUGACUUGUACCAUUGUUAAAGUGUGAGGGCAAAAUAUUUUUAUGUUUAACAGAAUUAUCAGAGAUGAUAUUUAGUUUUAUUGUAAAACCAAGUAAACUUGUCAUAUGAUUGUUUAUCAAAGGUUGGUGCCUUCAUUAGGUAGCUUAUUUAAUGUAGGUUUGCGAUGCUUGCACGCAGUCCCACGUGUAAAUUUGGUGAGCGGUGGGAUUAAAUAAUCUAUCUGACAUGGACUUGAUGUACUGUCAAUGCACUCCGAUUUCUGUAUUGUAUUUCAGUUUUGCUAGUGAUUUUUACUGAUCCCUGUUUAGAAAAACGAAACAUAAAAAGAUGUUUUCACAAA